GGAAAAGGAGUUUUCCUUGAAAAUAAAUACAUUUUGGGUUGAAAAAAUAAUGAAGCAUUUUAUCAUGGUUAAAUUUUCCAUGACUCUGAUCGUGUCGAUUCUUCUACCUUUCUCAGCCGGAAGAAGUGUGCACAAGAAUGCAGAUAUCCCUUUUGUUGGUAAUGUAAGACAUGGCACCGAGACUACAAAGGUCUUAAACAAAUGCUUUAUGUUAUUCUGUAAUGAAAAAGGUUUAUAUAACGCGGAACUAUUCGCAGAAGGAAGUGGAUUAGAAGAAAGGAAGGUGAAAGAAAGCAUAGAAAUAGAUGCUUCAGGUUCUAGCCUACCGGAUUGCUCUCAUGCAUGUGGAGCUUGUUUCCCUUGCAAAAGGGUGAUGGUGAGCUUCAAGUGCGCCAUCGCAGAGUCAUGCCCCAUUGUGUACAGGUGCAUGUGCAAAGGAAGAUACUUCCAUGUCCCCUCUCACUGACAUAACAUGCAUCCCCCUUUUUCAUUGCCAUGCACCUGCCUUCAUCACAUCAAGAGAAGGCCCUCCUCUCUCUCUCUCUCUUUUUUGUUCAUUUUUUCCUCUUUCUGUACUUCUUUUCUUUUGAAGACUGUGUACUAUAAUCCGGGAAUUUUGGUUAUUUUGAAGUACUCGCAAGUUUAUGUAUAAAGCUCAGUUUGA